AUGACGGUAACCAAGAAGGGAAGAGUGAUUUAUAAUCCUCAGUUGAACAAAACACAUUCUAGUUACGUUGGGCGAGUGACUUGGGAAGGAAACAUAUCGAAGUCGUACUUGGCCUAUGAAUUGGUGAACCUGACUUUCUCCGAUAGCAACACCUACGGAUGUCAAAUUGACGUGGGAGGUUUCCGACGAACAAUUCAUUCUAAGAUCACCUUAAAUGUCCAGGUAAGAUUCUGAUGCAAAACUUAACGCGCACAUGCGUGUAUGUACGACUGGACCUUACCUGGUUAAGCCCUUAAGGCGCCAUCGUACGUAUAUACACGACAAACCAUUUGUCCCAAGGAAUGACGCCUCAUUUUUUUGUGGAAAGCUGGAUCACCUGACAAAAUGAUAAUGGGAUACCUUGUUCGUGGCAGCGGUAUUCGGGGCAAUUAUUUUGCAAUUCAGGGUCAAAUUUUACAUUUUUUUCCUUGACUUUUCAUGUUCGUGUUUUAAGUGGCGAUUUAAGAAUUGCACCGCGAAAUUUUUCUGCUAAGGAGGUUUUGGAAAUUGCACUCAAAAUGUAGGCACAGUCUCCACACGGUUUUAACGCUUCUAUCAUCAAAAGGUUCAUAUGUUUUAGAAAAAUGUCUAUUCAAGUUCCCAUGAAAAGCAAUUGAAAAGCACGUGAAAAAUAACCUCCCCUAAGCAUCCUUUUCCACUUGCUUUGAAACUUGUUCUGGAAGCUUACACUGGUGUUAAACGUUAUCUAUGAUGGAAAACAAAUGCUCAAGAAGUCAGUACCGGUUCAUGUACAUUGUCGGUUAUGUUACUCAGUGUCACUGCUACUAUGUCUGGUGAGCUUGCAUAUCCCUUGGUCAUUCCCUUAGCAAAAUAUUUCAUACAGUCAAAGACGUUAGUGUUGUAAAAUGAUCUUUUCCACUCAGCUCACUUUUAAUAAAAAUCUGGAUUGUUUAGGUUCUGCUAGGUUAAUAAUAGCUCAGUCAAAGAAGGAAAGAGCUAUCGUACAUAUCGCGUUCCACGAGCACGAAAAUGGGAGCAAAGAGAAUACGUCAGAAGGUGAUUCAUGUCGUCUUGUCGCUGUUUUCCCCGAGCCGAAUUUCUAAGAAGUUACCUUGGAUCCGCGCAUCGUUAGUUUUUGUGCUCUAGAAGCUUUGCUUUUGUUUGUUUGUUUUUCGCUUAUUGUUUUCUUCUGCAGAGGCCCUGAUCAGAAUUUCUCAUGUGCAUUUUAGUUAAGACUUUUGUUUUUCCAUCUUUUUCAUCUUCUUCCGUUAUUAUGUUAGGUUUUAGCAUAUUAGCCCAUUAAGUAAUAAAAAGAUGACCCGUUUCUGUUUACUGUAUGUCUUCUUGAUACACUUUUAAAUGCUUGAUUCUCCACGAGAGGUAACAGCACUACUGAAGUAUUGAUAUUAAACUUGCGGCAACCAAACUGGUUGAAGUUUGUGACAAAGGAAUGAAACGAAUAUAACGCAACUGAAAUACUAGACCCAGUAAAUAAGCUCAGCAAAUACUCACAAGAAACCAGAUUGAUUUAAAUUUUCUUUUUCUUCUUUCACAGGCGAUACAUGCAUCAAAAACAACUGAAGUGAGUGUCUCUUCCAUAUGGGACCAUGCUCCCAAUGCUACAUCGAGCAAAUUUGUUCCAUCAUUAAAAGCGGGUAAGUUCCUUUAUUAACUGUGUACCUCUUCGUUCUUGGGUAUGAUUUAGUUUUAUCAGUUAAGUUGGAAAUUAACUUGACUACCACAAGGAGUUUUAGGGCAGAGAAACCCCUUUGCGGUAACCUAGUUACAUUAUCAAUUGUUGUCGUUUUGGCUGUCGCUCGUUUUUUGUUUCAUUAUUUACCGAUUUUUUGCCAGCCUUAUCUUAGCUACAACUUUGCACGAUGUUGGGAAAAUUAGACUAGUAACAAUGUAACCAGUCCUUUAUGUACUGAGUGAUUUUCUAUUAGAGAAAAGAUAUUUAGUUUCCCUCCAAGGCUAAUUAGGGUUUGGUCCUCUCCCAGGAAGGGGUGGCUAUUGUUUCCUGUCUUGUUUCUUUUCGUCUACUUUCCAGGCAUUCAAAUAGUGAUGUCAUUCAAAAUAAUUUCCAUCAAAAUUUAAUCGUAGAACUGUAGGACAAAAAUUAUCUUUCAAAUCGGAAUUCUAAAUCUCCACGGUAUCAAGGAAAAAUCCUGGGUUAAAUUAAGAAACUCUUUGCGGUGGCCAAUUUAUAUUUAUAUCUAUGUUAUAUAUUAUUAGUAUGCAACCAAACUAUAUUGCACUAACUGUUUGCCAUACAGGUGUCCCAGAAAAUGCAACAGUGGGAAGUGUAACAACUUCGAAUUCAAACAUCUUGGUAUCACACGGUACGCUUUCUUGUAUCAUCUCUUAGUAUGUAUGAUAUUUAGCGUCAAAAAUGUGUCACCCCCCCAAAGCUUAAUGCAAAUACCUAAUCGUAUUAGUUUCCAAGAAAUUCCGCUCAGUAAAUUAUCUCAAUAGGAAGAAAUAAAAAUACAGUAUAAACAUCUAUUGCAACGUUUCUGAAAACUUCCCCUAAGUAAGGAAAUUCAGACAGUUUCAUUUUAUUACGAUUGGCAUUAAGCACAAUCCUAUAUCCAAUUUGCCGUUCUCAAAAACAGGCAAUCUGUUCUCUCCCGCGUGACGCUUUUCGUGCAAACGUGUUCGCUGUGCAAAGAGCACCUUCCAUUACUUUGUGGGAAUUUUAUCAUAUUUAGAGUGACUCGAUGUUGGAACAAUCUCCCAGUUCUCACUACCUUCACCACAGCAAUUUAAAGAAAUUGUGUUCAUUUAUAAUUACAGAGCGGUGUAUUAAAAAUUUUGAAUUUACGCUCAAUUUCGUUUCUCGUUGUACGUAUUUGUUUUUUUCUGAUUUUUUUUAGGGAAAGCCGGCUCUGCGAAGUCAAAGUGGAAAUUAGGGAUUGAAUGCUUACCUUACCUGUCAGUCCUUGCCAUUCCACAUUUCUUUGGGCCGUGACUUCCAAGCUCUGAAGGAGAACUGGAGUGAAUAAUAAGUACUAGUUAAGACUAGUACUAUGUGAGUGUUAGUUAAGAUUUUCAACUUUCCCUUUUCGUUUCGAUUUACCUGUCGUGAUUUCCAUGUUUCCAAAUACGAUGGUUCAAAAUAAUAAGUGUCUUUGUGGUAUCCCAUGAGAUUUACCAACACUCUAAAAUCAAUGGGCAUAAAAGUCUCAUAUGCAGGAAAUGUAAAUGUUUAUUUUUCAUUAGUAUCUUUAAUAGAAGAAGGCAUGGCAAUCUUCCAAGUUAAAACUUGUCAUGAUCAUCUAUUUACAUGUUUAUUCAUUUUUCUGUUUGUUUAUCUAUCAUUUAUCUAUUAAUUCAUCUUUUACGUAUGUUUCGAUAAAAAAACAUAAUUGCUAUUAUCCGUAUAGCAAGUAAUUUAGUGCUAAAAAUAUUGUUAAAAAAAAGUAGUAAUAUGACGAUCGUAAUACCAGUAUUCCAUGUAAUUAUUAGUUUUAGUAUUGUUUUCAGUGUAAGCAUUUUAGUCGAGCAAGUUUCUGUAAGCUGUGACGCGAAUUUUGUGAGUAAUGUCAGUAUUGUACUUAAUUGUUAGUAGUGCAAGUAAUUGCAAGUAGAGUAAGCAUUGUUAUCUCCUCCAAUAAAGUAAAAGUAAACGAAGAAACAAGCCAAAUUGACAAAAGUUUGCUGAUUGCUGAUGAAAUCCAUUACUUCAUUUACGAUUGCCGAUUUUCCACACACAUUCCAGAAAACCAGAAUCAUGUUAACUCGACGUAACAUCUAUGAUUAUACACUCCUCAAUCAGCAAUUUGAAAUAAAGGUAUCUUGAUGUAGGCUUCUCAGUAAAUAUGUUGCUCUGUCUAUAACAAUUUUUUCCUUUCACACUGAUUAAAAAGAAAAAAGAACUUAAACUUUCAAUAUCUGUUGCAAUGCCGGUGUUUGACCAACUUAGAAUCAGAAACUAACCGAUAUUCCCGUGCAUGCACCAACAACCAUAACCAGCUUUGGAAACUCAACAGUGACAACACCCUCCGGCCCAAAGAUGACACCUACAAAUGCCCCUUCCUGAUUGAAACUAGAAAUAGUGAUCUUUCCUCCGGCUUUUAAGUGUUGCCUAGCGAUUCCAACUAUCCUUACAAGAAGUUCAACUUUGAGUACCUGAGACAACAGAUGCCGAGUGAGCCUAUGUUGCACGCGUUCUUUACACUCGAGAUGAAGAAUGACGGUUUCACCUAUGAUGGUUGGCAAGGGCAGAAUCUCUGCUUGGCCUACAGACCGGCUGGGGGUUACACUGGACCGACAUUUCAGGAUUGGAGUCCACGAUCAUUUUCCGGUGCUCGUCUUAGUCCACCAAAUGUGCACUGGUGUAUCAGUGAGUUCGUUUCAACCUUUGAGUACGGAUGGUUUAAGUUUGAGCCACUUUCAUAGUAAACCAAAGUUGUGCAAUGGACCCUGCAAUCGAAGAAAUCUGAACGAUGAUAUGCAAAGGAAAAUUAGAUACAAUCUUUUAUGCGGAUUAAAAAGUAUUUUUGUCAUUAGAAAGCUGCAUACCAGCUUAAUCAAAAUAAAGAUUAUGCGCCAGUGUAUCGUUGAUUCAUUUUUCUGAGUGGCAGAAUGAAAAUAGCUCUUAACAGCAAUUCCAGUCACUUCUAGGAAGACAUGCACUGAUGUAACAAACAAACUUUUGACACCCUGUGCUUCUUCGGUUGAUUAUCUUCGAUUCAUUAAGAAGUAUCUUACUUGCAAAUCAUGCAUACAUAAAGAAUCCAAAUUUCCAGUAAAUGUCACAAAAACCAUGAACACCAGAAGUUUUGUGAAAUGGAAUCGUAUUUCAACGAAAGAACCAGAAUUUUACGGCAUCAGAAAACCAGACCGCCAGCAGCAACGGAUUAUCCUUAUCUUGAUUUUGAUUGGUCGAUACCUAAUUGACUUGUCAGUAUCACCUCAAAAAUUGUUAAGGGUUCUCAGAGUUUCAUAAUGCAGACUUUCUUUGCGCAGCAGAAAUAAUGGCAAUAAUUAUAAUGAUGAUAACAGCGCAAAUAACAUUGAUGAUAAUGAUGACGAUUACGAUAAUAAUAAUUUAAACUUGCGAAAAAUAAGUGUCUCAACAGCAUCCUGCACAGUUGCCAUCGCAACGACUCAAACAAUGCUGGUCACACUUUGGAUCCAUGAGGAACAUUUCAUCAUCAUUUUCCUGAUCAUCAUCAUCAAUAGAUUCUAAGAGGGAAAAUUUUAAUUUCCGUCAUAAAAAUGGCUUUACUUCUAUUCUUUCGUCAGUCCUUCAAAAGAAGAACUAUACUUAUAAUGAACCAUAUAACUGUUUUCUCCACCGAAAGAUAUUGUAAGCAAAGCGAUAACCUGGCAACAUACGUAAGGCCUCAUCGCGCGGAUAAGAAACAGCUGCUGCCCAGUCUAUCGCUAAAAAAAAUCAUUAUCCCUAUAAGAAUUCAAAGGAGUGUCCUCCUUCCCUCAUGAAGCCACGUCUAGCAGUGACUUACCGUCCACGUUCAUUCGGUGAAAUGGAGAUCGCGAUGCCACAGACGCUAUUAGGAGAUUCAGGGUGACAAAGCAAACCAUCUUCAUGGUAAAUUGAGGAGGCAAGUAGUUCAAUAAGAAAAUCUGUAAAAAAAGGGAUGAAAACUAUAGGACGAAAGGUUUUUUUUUGGUUUCAUGCACUCGAGCAAGGGAUAGGGCAAAAAUCGGAGUACACAUAAGAAAUCGAACCCCACACUCAAGGAAUUCAGGUGAUGGUCUUCCACUAAGCUAAAGCGAACUUUAUAGUCAGUAAGGUCAUUGCUAAGUUCCCACGUCAAAUGUCUUGCAUGCUGGCAUUGUAUGAUCAGAGAUAACUAGAGAAAAGUGUGCGCUAAGUCGAUGAAUAAAGAAAUAUGUUACUUGCUUUUGUCACGAGCCUGACAAAGAAAGAGUCCCCCGUCAAAAUAAAAGUUUUUAAAGUCUAAACCCGAUGGGAAUCAAGCGUUAAAUUUAAUAUCCUCCAUCUGAGAAUGGGAACAAAUUUGGCCUUACAAAUUAUUGAACUACAAACUGAACUCAGAGAAAAACCGCUGAUGGGCAUCAUGUGAUAGCUGAGAAAAGUUGACUAUAAACGAAGCCGUGGAUAAAUCCUGAUGAAUCUGUUGGCACGCCAAACAUUACUUUGGGGCUUUUUAGUGCCAUUGUAUUAAACGCACAAACUAAAGGCUCUCGGCCAAAACCCUCGAUAUUUUUGUGACGUUGAAAGUGUCCUUAGGUUAUUGAAUUGCUACGUGUGACUUUUGCUUUGGCAGAUAUACUUGGUUAUGAGUGAUUUUUCACUCUCGUGCGCUCCCAUGAGCAGAAAAAAAAGUAAAAAUAAUAGUUAUAAAUAAACAAAUUUCCUCUUUCCUGAUGGCGUUUGUUGUGAUCCUUUUCAUGCCUCAAGAACAAAGAUGCAUCUCAUUAACUUAUCACUUAAUCUCCAUUGAGAAUUUGUCCCUGAUGUUAACGAAAAUUUAAAGACGCACUCAACAAAUAUAUUGAAUAAUUAUUCAAGAAAGCAUCUUUACAACCGUGAAAAAGACACUUCUUUUUAUCUUUUAACAGACAAUGAUAUCUACUAUAAAACCCUGCUUAAAUCGGUACCGAAGUUUUUUGGCAACGAUCGAUUAUAGGGCCACUUUCAUACCUUUACUUGCAUCCAAUUGUUCCGAAUAUGUUAUUUCUCGUUCAUCAAAGAUCGCCACUUAAAAAGGGUGGGCUUCAAUAGCCCAAUAUUCCAUGGUUGCUCCCCGUUUAUUUAAUGAUCUAAUUUUGAGUAAUUCGUAUUUACUUAAUUUUUGACGAGGCGCAACUUGGAGCGAAGACUCGUGAUUUUGGUCUAACCGGGUCUCAAACAUCAACUGCUAGGUUAAAAACCCAGGAUAAUUUUAGUUUUUCAAGCCGGCCAACCCAUAGAAGAUCCAAAGAGGCCUUGCUUUAAUACACCAAUUCGAAAUUGUGUUACGUCUCUGAGUUUCCUCUUAAGGGAAAGGAGAGAGCGUUUCAAUAUAUCAUUCAAAAACUGUCUUGAGAAACCAUUACGGCUGUUGCAUGGGAAGAGACAAGUAUUCUCAGUUUGUUCCCAGCAAGGUGCAACUAGAAGGUGAAGAUGCCAAGUUUGAAAUCAGCGUUAGUUCCGGAAAUUUGGAUAGUUUCCACGAAGGGAAUAAUCGCAUGAUGUUAGUAACUAUUUCCUUUAUUCCUGUGACCUUAUGUUCGGAACUUUGUUUCAGAUUACAUUCAGGGUUGCCAUUCUUUUGAUAUAUGAAGUUUCGUGACAAAGUCUAACAAAACACUAACAAGUUCUGAUGUUAAUUAACUGUCAAGCUGGAUAGCGUUCAAAUUUAAUAGCUUUUGUAAAUUUGAGUCCUUUGCAAAUCCUUCUCGAUCACAGCGCUGCACGUAAAAUGUGGAAAUCAUUUUAUGACAUUGGCAACAAGUAGUUCCUAGUCCUACUUAUAUAUCUUGUACAUACUUUAUGUCUCAUGCCAGAAUUACUUUCAUACGCGCGUAUCUAUAUUAUCUAUAAAUUUUACAUCAUCAAUAUUAUAUAAUUUUACAUUUACCAUCCAUAACUUAUGUAUAUUAUUUAUAUAAUAUUUAUAUAAUUAUACAUCUUGUUGCACGUUAUUAUUUAUCCAUAUAUUUAGUUCAACCAUUAUAUUAUUUUAUUAUAGUGAAUUAGUACAGAAGAGACACCAUGUGGAGUACUAAUAAACCAUUAUUACUAUUAUUAUUAUUAUUAUUAUUAUUGUUUUGUUGAAUAAAUCAUUUAAAGCGGCGUCGUUUGUGGGACAACAACAAUUGACCUGCUGCUGUAAUUGUGAAGCACGCGACCAUCCUGAGGGAUUUUCUUGAAGUGCCGCUUCUUAAGAAAAUUCUCUCCCUUAAAUCUCGCGAAAGACCAGUUUUUUUCUGCAUUGUCGAGCCCUCGGAAAGUUAGCGUUAUUUUCUCACCAUUCUUGGUCGCGCCGCGCUCCAGGUUGUUUGCUUAUUUUACCUCGAGUUCGCCACUGGCUCCUUGUGAUUUUUCCUUUGCUCUGUAAUAUAUCGACUAGCAGUUGCGAUUGCUUUGUUCUUUUGUUUUGCUUUGAGUUUUUACAAAAUUUAGUCGAAAAGCACUCUAUAAUAUUCUAGUCAGGAGAAAGUGACGCCGGUUUUGUGACCAGUCACAGACGAAGUGACGCAAAACCAAUGCAAUCCUGGAAAUUGCCGUAUUGCCUAGGGUAUAUAUAGGGUUACGCCUGAAAGAAUAACUGUUGUAACUGAAAUCACGCGUAUAUUGUGCCGGUCCAGUUUUACUUAAAUUUAUCCACACACAUGCGGCACUACUAUGAAACACGAGUAAGAAAAUAUAUACAGCUGUUUGUUCUCUUUCGAUAAACGUUGUCGCAAAAAAGGACGAAAGCACUCACGAAAAUCUCCAAAGAUAAUAUGGGUGUCCAGUUGUCAAUGAAUUUUAAUACACAAAUAGUGAAUAAUACAUGGCCGCGGCGAAAAUGCGGAAUUUCUCUGCGAGAGUUCAACCCGAUAGCUCACGAGUGAGAUAUCGAGUUGAACACGGGAAGAUAAAUACCGUAUGUACGCGCGCCUAUGUAUUAUUUUGUUUAUCCCACAAAUCAUACAAUCACAAUAGCCCUUUACUGACAAUGUAUAUACAUAUAUAUAUAUAUAUACAAUGUAUAUACAUAUAUAAAUAUAUAUAUAUAUAUACAUAUAUAUAUACACACACACACACACACACACACACACACACACACACACACACACACACACACACACACACACACACACAUAUAUAUAUAUGAAUAUGGAAAAGUCGACUUAAUUAACGAACGAAAAUAAAUCGCAAAGUACCUUGAUGGUAAGGCCCAAGAUGAAAAAAUGCGUUGAAUCGCUACAGAAACAAUAAUGGGCGGAACUUUCAUUACACAAAAUUCUCUGAUAUAGACUUGGUCCUUACCGACAGAAGAAAUCUUUCAGGUACACGGCCAAAAUCGGCUUGUGGCAAACCUUCCAGCGGACGAUUUUCGUUCUCAGCCUCGAGAAAUGCCAUUUCCAAAGCUACUGAAUACGUAACUUUCGGUUUUUUCCUUUUUCCAUUUUGGUUUUCUUCCCCUUGAACGUCACUGUCUGGAAGAGAUACGGAUUUUCCAGUGUUUAAUUCCGACAAACGACCUUGGAUUAGGAAUGGUGUAGGCUUUACCGUUCAUUCAUCAACUUGACCGAGUGGCGCGAAAGGUGAGUGACGUGUCAGCAGCUGAUUGGCGAUAUCAAACACGUGAAAAAAUAUAGUAUUUUUUCACGCGCGUUGUUACGGCUUUUCUCAGGGCUGGAAAAUCUUGUAUAAUGCCAGAGUUUAUCAGUCUGUUUAUACGAUAAAUGGAUAACUAAAUUCAUCAAACCAAAGGCGUAGCUAGGGAAGGGAGAGGGUCCCGGGUGUCCGUUACCCUCGCUUGUAAGCCUUUUUUUUUUUUCUUUUUUUUUUUUAAGCAAACGACUUAUAAUAUUCUGAUGGCGAAAACGCUGUCAUGAUAUCUUGGCUGCAAAAGCCAUAGCGAAAAGCCCACCCUUUUAGCCAGUGGCUCUUGUAUUUAGUUGGGUCUUCACGCCGCGUUAAUAGUAAAAGCCCACUAAUACACAAGGGGGAGCAGCGGUAUUAGACAUAUAUAGUUGGCGAUCACCGGAUGGUGUCCCUACGUAACAUAACAUAAGUUCUAGCUUAGAAAUGCCAAUAGAAAUGAAAGUUUUCAGCUAUUUUCAGGGCAGGGAAGAGAGGUAUGGAAAAUUCUUUAUCUGAUUAAGGUUUAACUCUCUCUUCUCUGACGAUCGGCAUCUACUGAUGUUUUGCUAUAGUAUGACCCUUCCCCAUCCUUCCCCCACCCAUCGGAAAAUCGUGGCUACGUCCCUGCAUCGAUCCCAUCAUGCUUCGUCCUUAAAGCGAAUUUUUCUCAAAUUUUUUUCCCAGAAAGCCUGUUGACAAGGAACCAAAACCAAUUUAAAGCUUUUUCCCGACAACCUUUCUCGAAACAGCUGUAAAAGAAAACGAAAACUCUUAAGAAAACUCACAAUAGAGAAAAAUAAAUUGUUUAACCACGAAGCUGCUUCUAAAAACUGAACAUAAACAUUGACCCACCGGACUUCAUUCAGGCACGAAAAAAAUGGCAAAUCACGCGAGAUAACGCAACAUUUCGCAAGGAAACGAACGCAUCAAAUUUAUAUACUCAACAGGACUAACGAAACAUACAGACACAGCCAAAAUUCGAUACACUGGAAACGGUGUAACAAGAAGUUCCAACUGCUCUAUACAUCUUUAAAGUUCUUGGUUUAGAGUGAUAUCAAUACGAAUCAAGGUGUUUAGAUGAAAUAUCGCUGAGUGGUUGUGAUGAAUUUAGUAUGUGAUUUUAUGACCAAGGUAAUAUCACCAAAAAAUGAUCAUAAGUAAGCUUUACUUUUCAUUUAUUUUUGUCUCUGUUUUGUUAUUUCCUUAAUUUCUUUCAUUCUUUUUUUUACUGUUGUCAUAAAUUUUAAUCGUUCUCCUGUAACAUAUUCAUCAAUUUAUCACUUUAUUAUUUAGAAUUAGGAGGGGGAGGGGGGAGUGCUUAUUCUGUCGCACUUUGUAAUAACCAAGAUAACACUAGAUAUCAAUGGUCGAAGGACGAGAAGACCAAAUAACAAAUAUCAUUUCUACCAAUACUGUUCAUAAUAAUAUAAUAUGAUAAAAAUAUAUUUUAAGACAUUUUGAUGCUAGUAAUAACAAGAUUAAUCCUUCGAUUGUGCAUUAAUUUGGAAAAAAAAAUCAUUAAAAUCACAACUCAAUAAUAAUGGAAUAGAAAUCUUUUAUAAUACCACCGAUGAUAAUAAUGAUAACAAUUGUGAUAAAAAUAGUAAUAAUAAUAAUCAUGAUCAUCAUCAUUAUGAAAAUAAUGAUAACAAUAAUCAAAAUAAAAACUGAUGAUGAUUUAGUUUUAAGUCUGUAAAACUCAACACACCAUGUGAUAGUGUAGUCUGAUUGUCUGGGUGAGUGUAGUCCUGAGAAAGAGUGUCGUAGGUAGUGGUGACUGACGUUUCACAACCUGAGUGGAAGUCAUCAUAACAGAGAAGUGAAUCGUUGUUACCAGUCGAAUGUUCUAAGUCCAGUUCGUAAAAACUAGUCGGUCAGUUUUGCCGUGAAGGAAAUAUUUAGAUCGUAGUGGUCAGGAAAAAAUAAUGGAAUGAAUUCUGUGAUGGCAAAUCAUGUGUUAUUUCAAAAAUGGGUUGACAUCAUGACACGCGGCCUAAAAACCGUUUGUGAUCUUAUUAAUAAUCCUUCAAAAAAAACGUAACUAAGAAAGUUAAAACAUGAGUUAUUUGUUUACAAAUAAAUAAAUCAAUGUAACGUUCAUUUAUUUAAUUUAUGAAUUAUCCAAAACAAUUUGUUAUUUGCAAAACGUUGAGCUCUACUACAAAUACAGUUUCGCUAAGUCUUUGCUGAUGCGUUGAAUUCGACAUUUCUACCAUAUUCCUGGUCCAUAACAGCGUAAAAUCUUUCAUGAUAGAACUUUAAAUUUGCAAAUGAUGGAUACAAAUUUGCAGAAAGGAGGGCUAGUUCAUUGCGUUCUGUGUGCUCAUUGAAAUCUCGGGAGAAACUGCAAGAAUUCUUUCAGAGUGUGUGCGUGUUGCUUUGUAAAUAAAAAUGUAACGUAUUUUAAUUUGUUUGCGUGUCCUUUUAAGCAACGCGAUAUGUCUGUAAUGACCGGAGUGCUGAAUUUUAUUCUUUGAUUUUGAUCUUCUCCACAUUGUGCGUAGUUUCAGGACCUGAUAUUUUAACGAAGAUUAACGAGAAAACACCUUCCGAUCACCUUUGUUCACUUUGUAAGUCACGUAAGUGCGCAAGCGUAUUACGGAACGUUUUAGGACAACUCGGGAUCUAUUCCUAUUGAGUUGUUAUAAAAACCUUAAAUCCUCAACGUAGAAGAUAAACAAACGAAGUUUGAAUAGUCAAAAGGAGAUCUUGGUCAAUUUUCAUAAUUUUGCAAACACAUGGAUUUGCUUUGUUUCUAAGAUGUUGGUGGAUGAAAGUCAGAGAUAUACCCGCGGGUUUGAGGCAAUCGGUGACCUCAUUGGUGUAUAAGCGAUACACUGAUAUGCUUUUUUAGCCCAAUGAACGCCUCUAUUUUGAGAAUUCUUUCGAAAAAUUGGUAAAUUUGUUAUAUGCAAAUUAAGGUCGUCGAAUAGAAGGGUCUCCUUUGAUCACGCUGGUAUGAAAAAUAUUUCAAGUAGAGUUUCCGUAUUAAUUUUGUCUGUUAACUAACCGAAUACAUCUUGUAACUUGUAGCAAGAUAGAAUUCCGUGAGCUGUAUUAUUGCAGUAUACGGGAGCCAAUGACCAUAAAGGUUUCGCCGGACCUACGAAUAGGAAAAGGUGAAGUUGCGGAAAAAGUGAAAAUUUUUUGGGGCAAGGUGGGAGAAUUCAUUUGGGAACCACGGUUUUGGUUUUCUUUUUUCGUCACCCAACAAGUUACAAAACGUUAUUAUAAUUCUUCUUAGUGCCUUUCCGGAUGCCACCGAUGCCUUUUCCGAUGCCUCUAUUGUUUAUUACAGCAGUAAAAGAUGUAUGUGCCACCAAAACUUUUGAAAAAUUGCUUAACAUUUUAUUUAGCGAAGUAUACUGUUGAUAUUUCGAUUUUACAACAUUUUUGUUUUCUGAAACUACAACUGAUAUGUCUCUACAUGAUGUAUUAAAUUUGUUUCUCCGCUGACCACUCGUAUUUCGCUAUUUUCUUCAUCCCCGACUCGUCGCCCAUGAUGUAGUAACUCCACUAUUUUUGUCUCCCACAGUUAACUCUCGCUAAAAUGACCGUCCACGCCAAAUCAAACCUGACCGGUCGGAUAAAUGAUCGCACGCUUAUAACGUUAGCUCGUGCUAAUAAGACGCCCCAACUGCAGGCCACGAGAAUGUUGGUUUUGAUGACUGUUUUCUGUCUUUUUUUGUCCCCAACAAUGGCCUGCAAAGGUACGUUAUUGUCUACUUAUGUUUGUGAUUUAAAUCCUGUUUACGUUUCAGUAUAUUUGCACCAGCUCCGGUAUGAUAUUUUGUGGUAUUUCCCGUUCGUGUUACACGAACUACCAUGCGACAUGUAAACUAAUGGUAUCCGGACAACUCGCCCCCUGGACAAUUAGCCCCAGACGACUAGCCCCCAGUCUCUGGACGAUUAGCCCACAGCAUUUGGACGAUUAGCCCCCAGUCUCUGGACUAUUAGCCCCCAACCCACCAACCUUGAAAAAAACUAUGUUCUUGCCCUUUACUUUUUACGAACGUUUCCCUAUCAUAUAUUAUGAAAUAAACAAUGUUCUUGUUAUUUGCUUUUUACGAACAUUUCUCUGCCAUGCGUGUUAAAUUAUAAAGUAAACUGCGUUCUUGCUGUCUUGUUGUUUGCUUGUUAUGAACGUUUCUCUGCCGUGCGUAUCGAAUUAUAAAGUGAACUGUGUUCUUUCUGUUUGUAUAUUCUACAAAAAUGAACUGUGUUCUUUCUGUUUACAUACGUUACGAAUGUUUCUCCGUCAUGUUGUUUAAAUAGGAAAGGAAAGAAACCAGGGACGAAACUUCGAAACUUUAACUUAUUGGCGACUACUUGUUAAUGUCAAUCGGGCGUGUCGCAGGCAGAUUACCGCAACGCUGUUAAAACCGGUGCGUCUAUCGACUGGUGCUCACCUCGUACAACCCAUGUAAUUUAAAUUGAGUAAAUGUUAAUAUAGAUAGACAUUCACAAAAAAAAGGGCUCCUUUAGGAGCCACAAACUCAUAAAAGUCAAUGACCAACAAAUGAACGUAACUUCUCCUUUACAUAAACUAAGACUGGGGGCUAAUCGUCCAGGGACUGGGGGCUAAUCGUCCAAAGACGGGGGGCUAAUCGUCCAGAGACUGGGGGCUAAUCGUCUGGGGCUAAUUGUCCAGGGGGCGAGUUGUCUGACAUUCAAACUAAUGUGUGUUCGAUGUGUAAACAGUUCCCACCGGCUCACGAGAACUUUGGCGACCCUUUCUAUCCCUCGGGUAAAUUAAGAGCGAGACCUACGUCAGUCUUUUACUAAUUUUUAACCGCAUUCGAGUAAGCACUGCUCUCGCCAGCUUUAGACGGCCAGCUGUCGCCAUUAAUUGUUGUCGAUUAUGAGCUAUGAGCUGCUAAAUUAGCAGAAACUUUAGCCAUGUCCUGACAGCAUUCGAGUCAUUUUGCAGCGAAAAAUUUAGCAGCAUUGAGGUAAACUUUUCCCCCCAAAAUCUGCUAUCUGUCGAUAUGAAAAGCAAAGCCAAUAAAUCAUGUCGGUCAUUUGUUAAUAAUGUGGCUCUCGAAAGCUUCAUGUUUUACUUGUAACAUUUAAGAGGGCGUCAAAUUGCGCCUAAUACAGGCGCUAAUGUGACUACAUUUUUCACUUUGGCGACCAAAUCCUGAAAAGUGGUCGCCAAAUUGGCCAUUAGAAUGUUUCAUCAUAACCUCAUCGAGAUAUAUAGUGAAUUAAAAAGAUUUGCAAAGAUAAAUCCGCUGCAAACUUCCUCGUUAAGUUUGUUUCCAAAACGCAGCACGUGCAUCUUGAUCGAAAAGUAGACGCCAUCUUGAACGUUGUAUAUGAUCCAUCCUAGUGUCCACUUUUUAGCAUGUUAAAGAUCUUUUCCUUUACUUAAACCUUUAACUCCUAAGAUCUCAUCACUUAUUCUCCUUGCUGUCUGCCAUACAGUUCUUGUGAUGUUAGUUUGGAGAAUUAUGUAUUGGAUCAACUUAUAAUCCCUUAACUGAUAUUUUUCUUUACUCUCAUCACUUGUCUGCUUGAUAUUGUGUUGAUAUUGUAGAGAGAAAUUCUGUCGCAGUCACUCAUGGGAGUUAGAGGGUUAAUUUUGGUGGGUCUAUUUAGAACAGACAGUGUAAAAAAAAGAUUUUGUUUGUCUUUGAAAAUGGCAACCAACUUUUUUGAAUUGGCUACCACUUUGAAGAAUUUAGGAGCCAAUUGGCUAUCAGAAAAAAAAAUUAAAUCACUGCAUCACUGUACUUUCAUCCACAUAAAUGCACCUAGUUAAGUUAGAAUGUUGCUGAAUCCAAAGAGGAAAUUACAUGAUAACAGCCUUAACUAUCUCCUGAUCAUUUUUCUUAAUCUCAAGUAUUUUGUAGCUUACUGAUUUUCUUUGAUAAGGGAAAAUUGUUGUAUAAAAACAUACAUUAUGUUCUGACAUCAUGGCAGAUCAGGCUGAAGGUCAUAAAUAAGUUUGUAAUUGACCAAUUAAUCACUGUGCCUAAAAGACUCCAAGUAGCCAUCAUAAAUAUUUGUUUGAAAAUGCAUAAAUUCAGUCCAAUUUUUGUUUUAAUUCCAAAUUGUCUAGAACCAGCUACCAGUAUAUAAUACAGGAGAUAUUCAUUGACCUGCACAUUAGACUAGCAAAGAAUUUCAUGUUCAGUUUUUGUUUAGCAAAAAUUUCUCAUUGAAUCACAGUUUAUUUUCCUAUUACAUUUCAUUCAAUAAUUCACAACUCUGUAUAGAGUAAUUUUCUGUCGUAUUUCAUUUAUGUAUUUGUAGAGUCAGUUCAAUUCAAAUUGUAACAUGGCAUUUGCAGCUGAAAAUGACACAAGUAAUGUCAAAACAUGUCUUGCAAACUUACCAACAGGGUUCUUGCACAUGUUUUUAACUAAAUUUUUCAUACUGCAUAAAGAUUACUAUUUUUUUAGUGUGAUAUUGCCACUGUAAAUCUUGUGAACAUGCUUCUGUUUUGUAACUUUCAUGACUAAACAUGUCAUUAUACAUUAAGGCCCACUAGUCUCUUCCGAGAACCUAAACUAGUUUAAGAAGCAAUAACAGCCACAGCUUCUUUGAGCCAGAAGUCACAACAAUUUGAGAUCCUCAUUGAGAGAAUUAAAAAUGCUUGCAAAUUUGAGGAUCCCUUUGAUAAGACCUUUACAAAAAGAUGCCAUAUAAUAUUUUAUCACCACUUUUUCUACUCUUUUCUUGGUUUAUUUUCACUGUUAUUACUUUUAUUAUAAUUAUUAUUGAUAUUACCGUUAUUAUUAUUAUUAUUAUUAUUAUUAUUUUUCAUUGCUGUCAGCAUUGUUGCAUUAUCAUUAUUACUAUUACUCUAUUAUCAUCAUAAUUCUCAUUAUGACAGUAUACUUGACUACUUUUUCGGCACGCAUUGUUAGUCAGAUAGCUAAAUUGCAUUGGAGUUUCAAAAUUAUAGUACAAUUGCCUUCGUGAUUUUAUAAAUUAUUACACAUUAUACUUAGAAUGAAAAAUCUGAUUUAUAAUGUGUAUUUAUCAUGCCAAGGUCAAAGUCUACCUAGUUUUCAAGCUCUUUGUCUGUGUAGUGUUCUCAUUUUUUUUUUGCAAACUUAGAGGGUAGUGUCCAAUUCAGUUUUUUUUUUGGGCGAUUGAUAUCAUGAAUUUUUAAGCCUGUUGUCUGUGUUGUUUGCUUAAGCCUUUGGCUUUGAAAAAAAACCUAGAGCUCAGUUUUGAUAAUUCACUAUCAUCCAAUAAUUGCUUAAUGAGUUAGUUUUUUGCUAAUCCAUCUCUACUCUUUGGAGAAAGUGUUAUUUUACAACUUAUCCAUGGCAUAAAGUUUCAUCUUGAGCCUUAGCGCCAACGCCCCUCAUGAUUUUUAUUCAGGGAUUGUCGAUCCUUUUAUUUUUAUUCAUUUCAAAGUUGACUUAUCUUGUCAGUAAAAGGCUUUUGUUUUUAUAUGUUAAAUAAAAUAGUACUUGAUGGCUUGUAGAUAUGAAAUUUCUGUUCUUGCAUCCAACGAGACAUCUCAAUUAUGAGCUAUCGCGGUAAGCGCUUGAGGAGAACUUCUAUAUCUACACACACCAAUGUAUUAGUCUCUAUGUAAUGCCAAUGUAGUGAAACUAUUUUCUCAUUAUCACACAGCUUCAGAACUAAUUCGUGUAGGAAUUCACCAGAGUGUAUUGCUACAGUGUUCACUGAGGCAGCCAGAAUAUGGGAUGCUCAUUGGGUGGUUUUCCUGCCCAACGUGCCAUUGCAAUAAUGAGUGGGAUAAACAUUGGAUAGCUGACAUCCAUUUCAUGCAGAAGGUAACGCUUGAAAAUCCUCAUUACAGUGUGUUCCUCAAUGGGACUUUACUUAUCGAGAAAAUUCUCCCCAUGCAUGAUGGGAGAUACUUUCCUGGGAUUCCUGGGUAUAAAUUUUCACAUAAGCAAAGAAUUGCCACUUAGAGUCAUGGAGAAGGGAGCUCUGUGUACUAGAUGCCAUCAGAGGACCUUAAUUUCCUAAAUAAAAAAACAAUUUAUGGAGCAUUGCACCAAUAGUAUUUGGGGGUGUGGCUCACUUACCAUUGCGGCUCAUACACAAGUUUUUACGGUCCUUUAUUUAUUUGCAUUGGAGCCCUCUUCUUUUCAGUUAAGAAAAUUAUUUACCUAUUGUUUAAGGAUUACUACACAUUGAAAACCAUGGCUGAGGUGUCUAUUGUAUUUUCUUCUGCAUUCAGGCAUCCCAGGCCGUUCAUCUUCACCAUUACCAGGUAAACACUGCAAUCCGUACUUUCUCUCCCUGCUCUUUCCUCCUCUUCUUUCUUUCCUCUUCUUAGUGAAUCGUUAUUAUGGUAACUUCUUCUCUCAUCUAUGCUUGUAUUUAAUUGAGAUAUAUAGUUUUUGUAACGUUAAAAUCUUAUGUUUUAUCUCCCAUUAAGGUGACAUCCCAACCUCAGAGGCUCCUAAACCUUCAGACUCUACUCCCUCAAGUAUGUAUACCCUCGUUUGUUUGUUUGUUUGUUUUUUCCCCGAGGAAAAAAAUACAAACCAAUACAAAUGUAAACGAAUUUCCUAUAUAACUGAAUGACUGACUUCAUUCAUCUCUUCUGCUCCACCUGUUGCUUUUGUUGUUAUUGUUAACCGUCGCAUCGAUUUUUCCAAAUGAUGAAUGCGUUACUCUUAACCCAUCGCAACGAUUUGUGAUCUAAGCUUGGUUUUCAGAGUUUGAUAUACCUGACGUUUUAUCCGAGUUACGCAUAAGGGGAAGACGCUUGAAUGCAACAGAUGUCUCAGGGCGUGAAAUUAAUUUUUUUUUCUGAUAGCCACUUGGCUCCUAAAUUCUUCAAAGUGGUAGCCAAUUCAAAAGAAGUUGGUCGCCAUUUUCAAAGACAAACAAACCCUUUUUUUUACGCUGUCAUCGUUCUAGAAAUUAGGUUAGGGAAAAGAUCUUUAACGUGCUACAUAGUGGACACUAGGAUGGAUGAUAUGCAACGUUCAAGCUCACCUAAAUCCAAGAUGGCGUCUAGUCAUCGAUCUUAAUGCAUGUGCUGCGUUUUGGAAACAAAUUUAACGGGGAAGUUUGCUGCGGAUUUGUCUUUGCAAAUCUUUUUAAUUUACUAUAUCUUUAGGUAAGGUUAUGAUGAAACAUUCUAGUCGCCAAUUUGGCGACUAAUUUUCAGGAUUUGGUCGCCAAAGUAAAAAAUUUAGUCGCAUUGGCGCCUGUAUUAGGCGCAAUUUCACGCCCUGUGUCUAAACUUAAAUUGCUGUCCUGAUUGAAGCUUUAAAGAGAUUGUAGAAUAUGAGGUUUAAGCUUAUGCAUGGUGCCGCCCAGGAGCCCUGUUAUCAGGUUGAAUGAGUAUAAUAAACUGACAGAGAAUGAUGACCUAUUUAUUCAUAGAUGAAUGCAGCAACGAUGUAAAAUUUACGACAGCUCUCAGUAAUCCGACUGUCCUUGCGUUGGUAAUUAUUCUGGCGGUGAUAGGCGUUGUCGUAGCGUUGAUACUAGUUUUGUGCAAAGCUUGUAAUUGCCACCUAAAUCAAGGGAAGCAGAAUACCUUGGAAGUAACUGAUGAAAAAUGCAACACUACAGCUAAUAGUAGUAACGAAAGCAUUGCCAAGGAACAAAUUAACAGCGCUGAAAAUGUGUACCAGCAAUUUGAUACCGUAGUAGCAUUCGACCGUAAUCGUGGGGCAAUUGCUCUCGGUGGAAAAUGUAGAUAAUGCGUAUGCAUGUACUCUUUUAAAGUAGUGAAAUCUAGAGAGCAUAUGUACCUUAAUCUUAGUGUCGUUAUUAGUUAUAUUUGCUGCUCUAAAACGGUACUUGGCAUGGAUUGCUGUAAAACUGAAAGAUUUAUUUUACAAAAAUUAUUUGAAUUUUUUUUUAUUUUCUGUGGAUGUCAUGUCUAUGUCUUGUACUUUUUUUAUACAUUCUUUGAAUUUGAAGCGUAUUUUACAUCCUAAAGCAGCAUUUUCCGCUGUAUUUUUUAAUACGUAUGAGAGGUUUUCGCCUCAACAGCUACUUAAAAGCAGGUCAAUUUUUUUAAAAAAUAACCGAAUGUAAUCAAGGCUAUCUGAGCGCCAUUAGAUAAUUGUUAAUGUGAAUUUCAUGAAACCGACGCAGUGGGGAAAUGGCUUUUACGACUAACGGUUAAAAUUCUGGCCGUUUUGUGGACAUCGGUUACUUUACUUCAUUUGUGAUUACAAGAAAAAGUUUUAUGGCUAACUAUAUUUAACUGUUUAAAUUUAUCCACUUUUAAGCCUAAUGGCGUUAACUUCAUUGAGACCACCUAUUAGAGAUUAAAAUAAGAAUGUACCUAUGGUGUUUAAAAAUUCUUUUUUUUUUUUUUUUUUUUGUGUAAGAAGUUAGAAAUAAAAUUUACUUAUCCUGCAUUUGUUUUGUUUCUUAAACUUUCUGUUCGCACCCUUGGGAGUUUGGAUUUCGAGUUGUACUGCCAAUGACAAGUUAUUGUGAGUGAGCUGGUGGACUAGCCAGUCCGAGGAGUCCAAAAAAAUUUCAAAUCUCCGUAGAUGAUGAUGAUGAUAACGAUAAUAAUAACUAUUGUGACAAUUAUUAUGAAAGGAACGAUAAUUAGAAUUAUUAUACGUUAAAUCACUAUCUCUUUUCUGAUUGGGCGAAAGCGUAUAGUGAAUUUUUACAAAAACUAUGAUGCAAGUAUCAAUGGUGGCAUAUUUCUCAAAACAGUAUCACAUUUAGCGUAUUGGCCAAUGACACGAUGGAAGGGUCCCUGAGAGGAAAAAAAAAAACUUCCCAUGAUUGACUGAGAUCUUUAAUUUUUUUAUUUGAUCAUUUGUCAGACCUCAGUACUAACACCCGAUUCAUACAGAACAUGUUUAGUUAAACAGCGUGAAUGAAAUCCUUAACAAAGAACUUAAAACAUGCUUUUUCCGUAGGAUCCAAGUAUUCCCUGGCUUGUAUUUUCAAUGUGCUAACUUUGAAGUUGACAAACAUGGAUUUAAGCAGCUCAUGAAGAAAGUAAAAUUUAAACUGGGGUACAAGACAUAUCAUAAUAAAGUUCGGAUAUAACGCACGCUUUCAUUAAUUAAAAGAGCGUGCUCUAUCAGAGUACAACUACACGGAGCUCAGCUGAAGCUGUCACGCCACCAGUCAAUUUGUACCAUGUUCGACCAUUUCCUGAACUUCUUUCUAGCUUUUUCUAAAUUGGAAGUGGAAUUUUGGAACAAGCGAGUCGGCAAGUACCAACAGAACUACCAAACAAAGGUAUGUAACAUGUCAAGAUCCAUAUCAUGUUGACGUUAUUACGUACAUCGUGGAACUAUUAUUUUCAACCCAAAAUUUUCAGGUUUCGCCAUGUUUCCAGCAUUCAUUUCCGUGAGGAAGACUGUUCCUUUUUUACAAUCGAUUUUGUGCCUUGCAGAUGAGCAGGAAGGUCGACUGGCCAAGAAGAGGAUGCUUACUUGUGAAGUGACCACCAGGGCGUUUUUGCCAUUCCUGGUACUCGCAGGGUAGUAUAUAAUUUGUGUACGACGCACUAAUAUGCACUCGAACCGAACUGAAAAAAUGCUUAAUGUACAGGUUGAGAUAUUCCAGCUCAACCUCCAAUUUUUGAUGGGAUGGUUCAACCUACAUUAGUUGCAUGCAUGCGUUUUUAUCGUUUCUACCGUGAUAAAGGGAUUGCUGCGUUUCCGAAUGAAAACACUGUUUUAAAAUUUCGCCAGCCUCACGUUAUCGGGCCAAAGCCUUGUGCAAACAUAAUCCCAGUUAACCAAUGAAACGAAUAGAUGAAAUUCAUUAAGCAUGACGAUUUUCUGUUAAAUAAUUUUUGCUCCAAUAGGAAACAUACAGAGACCUUGUCAGCUUCUUAUAUGAAACACGUGUUUUCAUCACCACUAAAAUGAAUAAAUAAAUGGAUAAAAAGGAAGAUUCGUGGACUGUUUAAAACAUGUGAGAUUCGUUCCUGAGAAAAACACUUUCCUACCCCUUAUCCCGUAAAAUGGUCACUUAAGCAAAAUUAAAGGAGGAUGUUGUGUGACUUUUUGCUAUUGACGUCAUUGCUAACCUUAGUUCAUCAUUUUUUUGACCUGACCAAGUAAUUAAAUUCACUUUUUCAGUAAACUCGUAAGCGACUGUCAACUGUUCGCCGAACCAACAUUGAUUCAUUUUGCAGCGGAAUUUCUACCUAGUAUGCACAUUUCGUUGGGAAUAAUUCUUCUAAAUUUCUUCUUUUCAUCGAGCUUAAUCCAGAGACCCAAAGGUACGUCUAUUAGAGCACUUAAGUUUGUUUAAUGAAACCCCAGAAUCUACACGCUGUCCGGCAGAUGUUUGAGUUACUUGUAACUAUGGCGGCAUCAAUACUAUUUCGCAGCCGGAGAAGUCGCAAUAAGAACAUGGUUUCUCCGCUGUUGUGGAAUCCUUCUCGCCUUCGGAAUGAAUCGAAAUUUAAAACUCGUUACUUUUGAUUCGCGGGUGGUUUUGUUUAAUUCAUGACUGCUUGAAUUUUCAUUUCCAAAGUCUUGCCUAGCGUUAGUUAAUGCGAUACGCGCGAUAAAGAACUCACUUGUGGACCUUAUCAUGAUCAGCUACAAAAAAAACUUUAUCCCUCCUUAAAAUAUACGGCAUUUUUCGGCAUUAUCAAUAAGUGUUAUUGUAACACAAACUUUUGAGCUGGCGAUCGGAGUUGAGUAUAGAAAGCCGCUUUAAUGUUAUGUCAGUCUUUGGUUGUAAACAAGUCAAAGCAAUAAGUUCUUUGGCGGCCUUUUCGAUACUUUAAUCAGUGCAGAGAGAAUUGUCAGACAUAUACCCAUCACUUAUCCAAGCCAAGCCUUGGUUUGCAUGAUAAACUACUACAAAACAUUUGGUAAAUUUUAUUCAUGAACUCAAAUUGCGGCAUAUCAAUGGCGAUUCAGUCAAGCAGAUCGCGAGGGCGUCGUGUGUUCAGUAAUUUCACGAAGCACGCAUUACAAAAAAUAAUAUUAACAAUUAUGAUAACAUUGAUAAUAAAAAAAUAAUAACGAUAGAUAUAUAAAGUAGUGGUAAUCAGACUGAAAACCAUCCUCGGAGACCAAGGGGCUGUGAAUCGAUUUCAAGUCAGGGGCUCUUCCGCUCCGAUUUGAAAGCGACUCACAGCUCCUGGAUGACUGAUUCUAAAGAAACUGUGGUGCUGCGUCGGUGAGAGAGUAUAACAGGGUAAUUUAGUAUUAUCAGCUGAGUUAAUAACGUAAAUUGGCCACGGUAAAAAAAUCGGACGACCACGAGGAAGAUUUAGAGCAAAAACUAGCCAAAGGUUCUACGUCUUCAAUAAUUUAAUUUAUAAUUUCUCCGAAAUGCACGACAACAGCACAUGCACUUGGCGCGUACUGUCUGAAGUCCAGUUCCUACUUUCGAGUUGGAGAAUUUUAACAUACAUUUAAUUGCAAUAAUUACAAUAAUGAUAAUAAUAAAAGUAAAAAUAGUAAUAAUGAUAAUAGUUGUAAUAAUAAUACUGAUAAUGACAGUGAUAAUGAUAAAAAUAAUGAAAAGUUAAAAUGUGUACCAUAUUUAAAUCGUACGCUUAAAAUCGGUCAGCGUGUGAUUAUAUGCAAGUUUUUGAAAAGAAGCUCACCGAACACUCCUGAUUAAAAAAUCGGAGAAAAAGGGAGGUACUGGUAAUGAAAGUAAGAAGUUAUGCUAUUAAAAUAAAAAAUUCAAAAAAACUAUAUCACCCUUUAUUUGAUAGUUGCUGAGGUUACAGUAAAAAUUCACGAGAGACUCUUGCUGUCGUGCUCUGCAGUCAGUGAUCCAGAAAAUGUUAAAAGGAUCGAUUGGCACCGCUGCUCUACCUAUGAUUGCAAACAUGAGUUGGACAAGUCCCGGAUAGCACGUGUUCAAAACAUGAGAGUGACAGUUCCCGACCCAAACUUUGAAGUUUACACCAACGGCACCUUAGUUAUAAAGAAGGUACUAGCUGCGGAUGAUGGAAAAUGGUUUAUCUGUAUUCCCCAGAAGAUGUUUAUAGGGAAAGAAAAUUCCACGACGAUCCUCCAUAUAGCCAAAGGUGAUAUUUAUAUAAGUGAUAAUAGUAAUAAUACAAUGGGAAUUUAUAUUUUUAGCAGUGGACAAUCCAUGUGGUGGCUUUUGUUGUCCAUGGUUUCAAGGAACAAAUGACAUUUGGAAUGUUGUUUUUCUGUGGGAUAAGGAUAAUUAGAGAAUCCUGAGAUAAAAAUACGGAGCAAGGACGGGAAGCAACAGAAACCCACAGGUGACGUCAGGGAUCCAUUUAUUGAGGGUCCCGGUAGCUUAACGUGCCCUUAAAAUGUUCUGUUUAAAACAAGUUUACAAUAAGACUGUCAGCUAAAGAAACAAAUUGGACUGGUAAGUGUACCAGCAAUUGCUUCUCCGUUCUUUAAAUUUUGAUCUUAAAAUAUGGCUUUUGGCCCUUAAAGUUUCCCCACUCCUCGCCUUCGUUUACUAAUCUUAUCACUUCGGACGCUGUUUCUUUAUAUCUUUGCUUUUCUUUUCUGUCGCUUAAGGAAUGCGAACCUCUUUACAGUAGUUGGAUAAUUUUGAUUUUUUUUAGAACCCCCACAAUUAACACGAGAGAGUCCUCCAGAGCCUCAGGUCAUUGAAGGAAACGAUCUUCAUUUGGAUGUUCGAGUGCAAGGGUAUCCUUACCCGUGGGUAACUUGGAGACAUCGUGACUAUCUCCUACAAAAUAAAUCGAAUGUCGAUUCAGAAACAAGGCUUAAGAUUCGCAAAGUCACUGUAUUAGAAGGCGGACGUUACACCUGUUACGCCAAGAAUCCAUUGGGACACGAUAACUUGACAUUUGACGUUAAUGUUGAAGGUAUUGAUUUUAUUUGUAGUUAAGCUAGCUUCGUGAGAGUAGAUGAAGCCAGUCAUGAAAAGAAACGCAGAGAAACUUUGCUGCUUUUGGUUUAUUCAUUUCUGUUAUUGUUCUUCGUGAUGUUUGUCACUCUUUUUGUUUUUUUUUUGCUUGUUUUAUUUCUCUUAUUUUCUUCUGUUCUGUUUUGAUAAUUAUUUUUUAUUUAAACCUACUGCUAUUUUAGAGAAAAGCUACACACUUACUCAGACGCUUCCAAUUUUUUUUCCCUCUGUAUGUAGGUCAGCCGGUAAGGACGACUGCAGCACCAGGUAGGUUGUUCUAAUGUGUUCUUUUUCAAUUUUUCCAAUGUCAGUUUUGGAGCAAAUUGGGGUGUGCCAAAAAUUACAUAGGAUUGCAUUGAUUUUUAUCAAUCCUUUUUUUACCUAAGGACUACCCUGCCAUAAAGUAUAACUUUUAGGCCUCUGUAAGAUAUGAACAGCUAGGCAAAUUGUACCAGUGAUUCACUUUGUCACUUCGUUUCUGCCCUUAGAUUUCCAAACCCCAUCAUCCUCACCAACAUCAGGUAAGUACAAUGCGUUCUAUUUCAAUUUAUAUAAUAAGCUCAGUUACGCACGCAUUCUGAUUGGUUCUCACUUAUGAUCUAUUGGAGGACAGACGCAUAGAUGACGUCAUCAUUAAAACUUUUUUUAAUUCUUUAUUAUAUAAAACAAAUAGAUUCCAAGUUGCCGUGCGUCUGUUCAGUACUAGAUCACAGAGGACGUCAAAAUGUGGUAAGAACAUCAGUGACACACUCGGCUGCGCCUCGUGUGCCACUUUUUUGUUCUUACCACAUUUUGACGUCAUCUUUGAUCUAUUACUGAACAGACGCACGGCAACUUGGAAUCUAUUUGUUAAUUUUUCAAUGUCAGUUUUAGAGCAAAUUUUAACUGAGUGUGUCCAUAAUUACAUAGCAUUGCAUUAAUUUUUAUCAAUCCCUUUUUUACCUAAGGACUACCCUGCCAUAAAAUAGAAUUUUUAAGCCUCUAUAAGAUAUGGACAGCUAGGCAAAGUAUACCGGUGAUUCACUUUGUCACUUCGUUUCUACCCUUAGAUUUCCAAACCCCGUCAUCCUCACCAACAUCAGGUAAGUACAAUGUGUUCUAUUUCGAUUUUUUCAAUGUCAGUUCUGGAGCAACUUUUAACUGAGUGUGUCCAAAAUUACAUAGGAUUGCAUUGAUUUUUAUCAAUCCUAUUUUUCACGACCAAAUUCUUUCCUACUGGUAUUUGUUUAUCAUCGAACUUAACUCUAGUAUGUCUCAAAGCCGCACUCGAUGAAUUUCAUAUGAACUGAUUCCCUCUGCUUCUCUCCUCCACUUCAAUACAUGCACCUUCUCAUCCAUAUUCCUACUUACAUCCUCUCCCUUUAAUAGAAAAACAAGUUACAGUCCAACCUGUGUUAAGCGAUCACUCACGCGGAAUGGCAGCAUGACCGCUUCAUACAGGUUGACUGCUAUGCAGAUUUCACAAAAUAGUGCCAUUUUGUACCACAAUUGACCACUUUAUGCACAGAAACUACCUCAUAAAUACAAUUGGUUUUAUUUGUGUGGUUCCACUUUUAGUGACCGUUCAAUACAGGUUGAAGACAAUAUAAUAUAGGUUGUAUAAAACAAAACCUACGAGGAUUUUUUUCCUGUACAGCUCGCUCGGCAGCAGGAAGAUUAUCACCAUGUGUUUUGAGUCCUAAUUAGGAGAAUGAAGCUUAAUUUAAAGAGAAACUGAUUCUGAAAAAUAUUUGACGCGAAAUAAAUGAAGAAAUGAAGACCUAAUUUCAAUUAACUUAACUCCAAUCUAUGCUUUGAAUGAAAAUUUCAAUUUUCCACCCCUAAGGUUUUUUUAUUCUUCAAUCAUGUAUUUAUUCAUUUGUGUUGUUUUUUAGGGGGUGCAAGAUUUUCUGGAGGAACAAUUCUUUUAAUUGUGCUCAUAUCUCUCUUAUCUCUUUUGGUAUUCAUACUACUACUGCUGUUGGGAAUCUUUUGCACUCGCAGGAAAAACUGGCGCGGAGCGACAAAACGGCUGAUAAUCAAGCUUUUCCAGAGUUGUAUAUGCAAAAGAUGUGUAUAAAAGAACUGUAAAUUGUAACGAACUAUUUUACUUCUAUUUCCCAAAUAUUUUGAGAAAAGUGUGAAAUGCCCGCAUUUUUUUUACCCAUCUGUAGUUAAUAAUCUGUUCAUUAGCACUCGUCAAGAGAUUUUGAAAUACUUGUAUUCUUUGUCCUCGUCUUACAUUAUCCAUUUUCACUAUGGAAAAUACAAAUAAUGCGCGAAGCAGGUGCAAAUAUGCAUGGAUAAUUGGGCUUAGUGGACUGCAAUUUCUAUUGAUAAUGAAACUGAGUGUAGUGCAGUUUGGUCUGAAAUCAUCCGUGUGAUUUCAUAAACUCGCAGCGCAAGUUUGAUUGAAAUCACAAGGAUGAUUUCAUAUCAAAAUUGUAAGACACGAAGUUUAAUUAGCACUUUAUUACAUAUAUUUUGAAAUAGCAAAAUUCAGUAAGGCAAUACAAGGUAUUUUCAUUCUGUUCAAAUAUUUUAUUGAUCCAGUAUAUUGAGCCGGUUUAUAAAAAGUCGCAAAAGUUGUCUCUCAUUUUCUUGCAAUUUGAUUGAUUUCUUUGAACAAGCCUUGAAAUUUGAUUGGUCGUCAUGUUUUAGUAAAGGCGGCGAAAUACGAGAUACAAAAACCCUCGACUUCUUGCGCAACAUUGGUUCGUUGCAAGUUUCGGUCGAUGUUUUCCGUUUUUCACCAUGCAUGAUCAACUUGUCGCGCAACAAAAACAUUUGUUGCAGGUUGAAGAAAUGAAGCGCGCUGAUUGGUUGAUUUGCAAAUUUGUUUCGUGACAAGUUGUGAGUUUGAUGAAAAACGAGCAACAAAGCCACGCUCUACUUUUCGCAACAAAUUUCUUUACUUGCAACGAAACAAUGUUGCGCAAGAAGUCGAGAGUUUUUGUACUAUUUCACCGCUUAAUUUGAGCGCGAAAUAGAUGAAAUCGGACUGAUAGGAGUUGAAAAAGCCAUAAUAAGGGGUGUUAGGAACCACUAAGAGAAUAUCAGUUUAUCAUCUCUUGGAACAAAUCAAAUUCGAGCAAAUUAAUGUUGAUACAAUUACCCGUUACAGUGUUCGAUUAUUUGGACAGUUGGUUAUUUUGUACUCGAAAAAAUCCUUGUUGACAAGUUGAGUACGCUACGUUUGAAAAUAUAGCAAAGGAACAUUAAAGUGGAUUGUACCAUUUUUAGUGAAGAGAUCCCUUGAUAACAUCAACUAAAGGGAAAUAAAACAAGUCGAUGUCAAAAAAAGUAGACUGUUGAGUUUUUCUCUUUUCUUUUUUUUUUUCUGUUUAAACCUUGCACUCAGCGGUCUGUGGGCCAAGGGUCGUCUUUAUUUUCGUUCCGUCAAACAUCUCACUAACCUGUCAGUCAUUUAAUCAUAACAUCGUUAUCUUUCGAAACAUUCAUCAGUCAUAGAUGGUGGAAAGUACAAGCAAUGAUAUGUUAGACGAUCGCAAAUACUACGACAUUCAAGGGUACCACCCCUGAUCAACCUAUAAAUAUCGCGUCUGUCCGUGAAAAUUAAAAGCAACUUAGGGCGGGAGGGGAUAAAAACGCCGGAGGAACUGAAGAACAAUUCUGUCAACUGUUUUGCUCUCGAGUUCGACCUCAUUUCAAGGACAGGAAAUGGGUCUAUUUAGGGUCGAUGAUCAAGAUUUAAAAAUAUCGCUGUUCAAAGUAGCUGAGAGUAAGCCACCGACAAAUUUUCUCCUAAUACCGACUGUUUGUUUUGUUUUGUUUUGUUUUUUUCUCAAGUUUUUCGACAAACUUCGUUCCUUUUCCUUUGCAGUGGUCCACUAGGCUAGUCACACAACGAGCUCACCCAUGCGUGACAUGCGAAAAAGACGGCUACGAAGGGUUUAUAUUUUUGAACAUCAAUUACUAUAAUAUUGUUAUCUUGAUAUACCACUUAACCUCUUUUCUAUGCUUUUCUCAGCACAUCGAUCGCUUUCCUAUUGUCAAGUAAGCUGAGAUAUCAAGAACAAGACAGCGCUUGCUGCGUUAGUAUUUAUUUGUUUCUCGGAAAACAGAUACGUCGAAACUGAUAUGGGUGAAUGUCAUUAUUCUAAGAAACGAUCGUUACUUCACGAAGUUAAGGAGCAUCAAGAAUGAAGAUUAUCGAGUUUUACAUCCCAUUCUUUAUAUGUUUCGUGCCAGCUCUGGUAACAGGUUAGUUUAGUCAUAUAAAAGCCUCAAUCAAUCCUCGCACGCUUUUUAGCGGUAUUAGGGGAAUCACAUCGUGUGAAAUUGUUGGUUUAGCGAAAGGCGGAAGCGACGGCGACACAUAUAGUUUAGAGUUAGCUUUGGUGAGACAUGAAUUUUAGAAGCAACAUCUCCUAUGCUUUUCAUGUUCGACUAUGAAUAUAAAUAGAGAGUAAUAUAGGCGCGUGUUGAUGUGGAAUUUCUCCCCGAGUCUUCAACUCGAUAGCUCACGAGUGAGCGUGGCGGACGAGUUGAACACGAGAAGAGAAACUUUCGGUUUUUUCGUAUGUUGGUUUCCUUAUCCUUCAAGGAGAGUUUGAACGUGUGUUUUGGCGACUUCCUCCAAAUAAUUGAUGGCAUUAGCGCGUGUCGGGGUUCUGUAAAGAUAUUGCUGUAGAUCUGAAUGGUGUUCGACUAAAUAUCGACAGAGAGUUGUUUCAACGAGUUAGACAUAUUCACUGACUGAUGCCUUGAAGUUAUCACUUAAAGCACAAUUCACGGUUCUGAUACUUCGAUUUGAUUUGAUGCCGCUCGUACCUCUAAAUGAUAGCCUUGACUUUCUUCAAUGAAUACAAUUUGUAUUUGAAUUAUAAUUUUUGCUUUCGUUCAUGGUCGAUAAAGCUCUAUGGCGAGAUAAUUCCGGAAACAUGAUCUUCUCGGAAAUCAAAUCAAGGUGCUCUGUGAGCAAACUCGUGAAUUGACAGAUGAUUUACAUGAUUUUUUGGAUUAGGGAAUUUAUGGUUUAGGGAAUUUUGUGGUUAAUUGUCAUAUUUAGAGUACGAGCAGUAGUUCAGUGUUUGCUAAUGAAGCAAAGAAACAAAGUAACGUUGGGAUAAGAAGGCAUUACAAUUGAAAUGAUCAUGCUAUUACAUUUGACAAGGGUGGAUGAUGUCAUGUUUUAAACAUAUAUCAUUUUUGUUUCCGGUUCAAAAGAAAAGGUUGGAAAUAAAUGUGGGUGAAAACUGUCUAUCAUUGUAAAUAUUGGAAAAUCAAGGCAAUACAGUCUUAAUGAAAACGUUUAUGAUUCCCUCUUUAUCAAAUGAGACAAACAAAAACGAGUUUUGAGUGAUAUAACUGAGCCCAGACUGCCACCGUCAUUUUGGAUUUCCGCCUGGGUAGAUUUUGGUCUCGUGCUAAGCAAUGUAUCAUCGAGAACAAGAUAGAAUUUCAUUUCAGGCUAUUUAUCAGUUUUGUGGUGUAGAACUUUCGCAUUUUAGUGCGUAAUAUUUAUUUUGAAUCUUCAAAUUGUCUUGAAACUUAUAUUAAAAGAAAAUUCUUCUUUAAAAAUUCGCUGAAAAUCGGUAGCCAAAAUUAUUUGUUGAGGUGUUAUUUGAUUUCCGUGUUAACCUGUAAUUUCGUCAGUCGCCGGCACCUUUAGUUGCUUCACACAGAAAAAACACACGUUACGAAAUGUAAUGACCGAUUUUGUCCCCAAUCUCACGCCAUAACAGAAAAAGCUUUUGAACACCUGUAAACUCCGAGCGCUUCGGAGUAAGUGAUAUUUUUAAUGAAUCUUCGGAUUGUUUUCAAGUUCAAGGAUUGUAAAUUACAAUUUUAUGAAAAACGAAGGUUCUCUUAUUUCACUGUGAAUCCUCGCACGCGCGCGCCUGUCAGUCGCUGGCGCUGCUUGUUGAAACUAAAACGAAAAUAACAAACUCUUUUAAGAUUAUCAUUGGCUUCUUUUUCACAUCACCACUAUUUUUAGAAACAAAGGUCACCAUUUCGUUUGUUUAUUUCUCGCCAAAAACUAUCAAAUGCAGUCAAAAGCCUAAAAAAAAAAAAAAGUUUACAGGAAUCGACCAAUCGAGCGAGCGAGCGAGUGCCAUCCUCCACAUCAUAUCUACAACUCGCUUUUGCGCAUGCGCGCAAUUCACGAGAAAAUGGAAGAAAGAGGUUAAGUACCCUCUAAUAGCCUUGAACCAUAACCCCCCCAAAAAUAGUCUGUUUAUUUAAGCUAUAAAAAAUGUCUUAGGUAAAUGACCCAGACAAACCUGAUGGGAUAGGGGAGAAAAGUUACGUGUAAAGAAACAACGUUAAAUGUAAUAGCCUUUUAUUUUCAAUUCUGACAAGGUUUAAGCACCAUCCAACCGAGACAAUCCAGUGCUACAACGACAAAAGGGGCAAGUUUUCUCUUCGAAUGGGAUUUUCAUCUUCAAGAUGAGGACAAAAUAGAACUAACAGGGUUCAUUUUUGGCCUUUGGGUGAAUGGGUAUACCACGCAUUAUCUUAUGACGGUAACCAAGGAGGGAAGAGUGAUUCAUAAUCCUCAGUUGAGCAAGAAACUUCCUAGUUACGUCGGGCGAGUCACUUGGGCAGGAAACAUAUCAAAGUCGUAUUUGGCCUAUAAGUUGGAGAAUCUGAUUUACUCAGAUAGCAACACAUACGGAUGUCAAAUUGACGUGGGAGGUUUCCGACGAACAAUUCAUUCUAUGAUCACUUUAAAUGUCCAGGUAAGAUUCUGAUACUUCUGCGUGUAUGUGCGAUUGGACCUUCCCUUGCUUUUAAGGCGCAAUCGUAUAUAACUACACGACCACUCACUUACCCCAAGGAAUGACCCCUCAUUUUCAUGUGGAAAGCUGGGAUCAAGUGAAAAAUUGUUAUGGGAUACCUUGUUCGUGGCAGCGGUAUUCCGGGUAAUUCUUACGCAAUUCAGGGUCAAAUUUUCAUUUUUUUCUUUAACUUUCCAUGUUCGUGUUUUUAGUGGCAAUUUAAAACUUGCAGCGCAAAAUGUUUCUGACGAGGAGGUUUGGAAAGUGCGCUCAAAAUUUAGGCACAGUCUCCACACGGUUUUAACGCUUCUAUCAUCAAAAAGUUCAUAUGUUUUAGAAAACUGUCUAUUUAAGUUCCCAUGAAAAGAAUCUGAAAAGUGUGUGAAAAAUACCAUCCCUUAAGCAUUCUUUUUUCACCUGCUUUGAAACUUGUUCUUAGAGCUUACCUUGGUGUUAAACAUGAUAUCUGUGACAGAAAACAAAUGCAUGAGAAGUUAGUACCGGUUGAUGUACAUUAUUGGUCAUAUUACUCAGUGUUACGACCACCAUAUCUUGAUAGCUUGCAUAUCUAUCAGGUUAUUGUCUUAGCAAAAUAUUCUAUCCACUCAAAGAAGUUCGGGAUAUAAAAUUAGCUUUACCACUCAGCUCACUUUUAAUCAAAAUCUGUUUGAGUGCCGUUAGGUUCAGAUAACAGCUCAAUCAAAGAAGGAAAGAGCUAUUAUACAUAUCACGUUCCACGAGCACGAAACUGGGAACAAAGAGAACAAAGAGAGACCGUCAAACGGUGAUUCAUGUCGUCUCGUCGUUCCUUCCCUGAGCCGAUUUUCCGGGGAAAUUAUCUUAGAUUUGCACGUCAUUCGAUUAUGUGGUAGAAGAGCUUUGUUAAUAUCUGUUACUUUGUUUUUUGCCUGUUUUUUUUUCUUCUGCCGAGGCCUUGAUCAGAAUUUCUCAUAUGCUUUUUAAUAAAGUUUUUUCGUUUUUCCAUCUUUUUCAUCUUCUUCCGUCAUAAUAAUAGGUUUUAGUAUAUUAGCCCAUUAAGUAAUAAAAAGAUGCUCCGUUUCUGGUUAUUGUAUUUCUUCUUGAGACACCUUUGGAUGCUUGAUUAUCAACGCCUGGUAAAAGCACUAUUGCAGUGUUGAUAUCAAACAUGUAGCAACCUAAUUGGUUGAAGUUUGCGACCGACAAAUAAAACGAAUAUAAAAACAAUUGAAAUACUGGACCUAGUAAGUAGCUCAGCUAAUACUCACAUGUAGCUGUAUUGAUUUAAUUUUUUCCCACAGGCGAUAAAUACAUCAAAGACACCUGAACUGAGUGUCUCUUCCAUAUGGGUCCAUACUCCCAAUGCUACAUCGAGCACAUUUGUUCCAUUAUUAAAAGGAGGUAACUAUAUUAACUGUGCGCUUCUCCGUCCUUGGGAAUGAUUUGGUUUUAUCAAUUUAUAAGUUGGUAAUGUAACUUGGCCACCAUAAAGAGUUUUAAAGCAUAGAAACCCCCUUACAGCAGUCAAUUUGAACGAUUUUCUUAAAAGGCGAAUACCUAUAGUUUCCCUGCAAUGCCAAUUAGGCUAUGGUCUUCUCCCGCGAAGAAGUGUGUAUUGUUUCCUGUCUUGUUUCUUUGCUACAGAAGCCUGAAUUUGUUUUCGUCUACUUUCCGGGCAUUCAAAACAGUGAUGUCUUUCAUAGCAAUUCGGAUCAAACUUUAACCGUAAAACUAUAGAACAAAAACUUAUCUUUUACAUCUGCACUUUCAAUCCCCACGGUAUCAACGAACGCCACGAGCCCAAUAUGGGCUUCUCCGAACGCCUUUCAUUCAACUAAUUUUUCUCGUGUUUUUCAUGUUACCAUUUUUUCAGCAAUAGCUUACCUGAAAACCAAACAAAACCCGUGAUUCCUCUAUUGGCUCCAAUGAAAGAUUUUGUCAACUCAGUUGACAAAACAAAAUUUUUGUCUUGAUUUGUGUCUCUUUUUUUUGCAGGACCUCCAGCUGUAGUAAUACUUCCUUUCAACGACAUUGACAUCAAUGACACGAGAUUUUUAUACACCUGGGAAUACCCUAAAGACAAUAAUGGAGCCAAUAUAACUAUGUUUACCGUGUGGUAUCGCCCAUUACUUCAGGAAAAAUGGUCUAAAGUGAAUGUUACACAAAACAGAUACUCAGUUAGACUGAAUUGCUGCUUGACAUACGAGAUUAUGGUAACAGCUUGGAAUAAGAAGGGUCAGAGCUCUUUUGAUCCUAGAACAGCAGCAAGGGUCACAGUUCUCAAAGGUACACUCUUGACUUUUGACUAUCUUUGGUUAUCGAAUUUAAUUGUAAAACACGUUCUUAUGCGCAGUUGCCAAUACUUUGCGCAGAAAUACUAUUUCACUGAGUUUUUUUUUUCUUUUUUUCAAUUUCAGGAGCAACUGCUUCCCCAAAGAGUAAGUGCUCGAUAAACGUAUUUGUUGUGUUAAUUUUUUUGUUCUGUAGGUUUUGUUCGUUCCUGUUUUUCCCCUACUGUUUUAUGCUAUACAUACAUGAGACAACAUUAGAACCUCGCUGACUCCGAAGAAAAAAAAGUGGCUCGAAUAAGCGGGGGCUUGAGCCAGCUGAUAGUAAAUGACUGCAAAAAUGAGGUCGAGGGGAAUCGCAUUUUGUUCAAGUUACUGGAGAUUCGAGUUAACCCCUGUUCGAGUAAGCGGGGUUGUACUGCAUAAAAACAAAUUAUUUUUCGAUGUCGUUAAUUUUAUUGGUUACUUCACGGUUUAUUUCAUCUUUGUCAAUCAAAAUUGCGAGCAUUUAGAAUUAUCCUCUCUAAAUCCUUUGGAAGGUAUGAAUACACAACAAAGUAUAGGUAUGUUCUCGUACUUGCUAAAUGAUCAAUUUACGGAUAGGAUAAUGGUUAAAGUAAAAGUAGAGAACAAAAACUGUUUAUAUAUGGGCUUGAAGUUCUCUCAACGUCACUUUGUAAUCAUUUUCAGCCACAAAUAUGACAUGGUGUAUUGCGUCAGCUCGGAAAAAUCUUGGAUUAACUUGAGAUAAUCUGCGGUGGCCAAUUUAUAUUUAUAUCUCUAUUAAAUAUUAUUAGUAUGACACCAAACUAUAUUGCGCUAAUUGUUUGCCAUGCAGGUGUCCUGGAAAAUGCAACAGCGCGAAGUGUAACAACUUCGAAUUCAAACAUUUCGGUGUCAAAUGGUAUGCUUUCUUGUAUCGUCUCUUAAUAUGUGAUAUUGUUAGCGUCGAAGAUGUGUUCCCCCAAAAGCUCAAUGGCUUUCUCAGUGACUUUCAAACUAAAAUGUUCCGCAAAAGCUCAAUGCAAAUACCCGACAGAAUAAAUUUUUAGAAAAUUACGCUCGAUAAACUAUUCCAAUCUGAAGAAAUAUAAAUACAGUAUAAACAUUCAUUUCCACAAACUUUAAAACGUCCACUUCGCGCGGAAAUUCAUUUUACCUACAGUUCUCGAUAAGAGUAGAGACAACGCUGCUCGCGUCAAUGUGUGACGCAAUGCCGACGGUGGUUUGGCGUGGCUGUGCCUCUUGGGUCCACAACAUUUUGAUCAGUGUGAUGACGAAUAUCGUUGUCGAUAAGGGUACAGACCACUCUAAACCACUCUCAAUUUGAUAAUUGGAGGCAAGAAUCACAUCAAAAACAGGCAAUCUGUUCUCUCUCAACGUCUUCGCUGUGCAAAGAGCACCUUCCAUUACUUUGCGGGAAUUUUAUCGUAUUUAGAGUGAAUCGUUGUCGGAACGAAGUCCUAGUUCUCACUACCUUCACCACAGAAAUCUGAAGAAAUCGAGUGCAUUUAAAGAGCAGUGUAUUAAAAAAUUUUGAUUAUACGCUCAAUUUCGUUUCCUGAUGCAUGUAUUUGUUUUACCUAAUUUUUCUAUAGGGAAAGCCGGCUCCACGAAGUCAAAGUGGGAAUUAGGGGUUGAGUACUUACCUUACCUCUCUAUCCUCGCCAUUCCUGCAUUUCUUUGGGCUGUGACUUCCAAGCACCGAAGGAGAACUGGAGUGAAUAGUGAGUAACUUUUUCCUACGUGAGUAGUUAAGAUUUUCAACUUUCCCUUUUUCGUUUUGAUUUACUCCUCGUGGUUUCCAUGUUGCCCAGUACAUCAGGAUGUUUAUUACGCUCAUUUUGAAAUUGCUGGAGAUCUCUAUUACCAGCUGAUUGAAUCUCUACAAUGCUAUUUAUUUAAUAAUUAUUCUUUCUCUUGCUCUUAUUGAAAGAAAUCUCAGCAAACGAGAAUAGAUCAGUACCGCAAUACCAGCGGGUAGAAGCUGAAACGUAAGUGUCUAGUGGUUUCUAAUCAAGUUGUGUGUAAAGGUUGAUAGAUCACUAAGUAACCAAUGAUUAUAUUACAACGUCAAGUUAUAGUAUCAACCUUAAAUAGUUCGUUUACCCUUUAUGUUCCGAAUUCCCGUGGGCAUUCCUUCUCAGAAAUCAGGCCCUCUACCGUUAGUAUAAGAAUUACGACAAAUGAAUAAAGCUUUAAUUCUUUAAUUAUCAUUAAGUUAUAGCCCGUUCACCAUAAAGCUUACACAUGUUUUAAAGCUCCUUUGUUUAACACGGUUUAAUUUUUUUUCUUCAUAGAAGCUGCUUAGACAAUUGUUUGUCAACUUCAAAUGUAGCCUAUUGGUUCUGAUUUUCCUUCAGUUAAACACGGUUUAACAAAACGUGUUUUGCUGGUGUGAAUGGGGUACUAGUUUCCUUUGUCAUAAUUUCUCUACUUUUUCCAAUAGAGUGCCGAUGGAUCCGGUUCCGUCCUGGGAGUUUCGGAAGGAAGACUUGGCGAUUGAAAGAGUAGUUGGCCACGGUGCGUUUGGAGUGGUCUCCAAAGCCUACGCUCGAUAUCUGCAGGGCUACCCAGAAUGGACAGUUGUGGCAGUAAAAAGCUUGCAGGGUAACACUUUACGAGUAAUGAUGUAAAUCACAAGGAUCGAUCAAAAAAACUGAGUUGUCUAAAUUGCAUAAAACAAACCAUUUUGAAAAAGUUAAAGAUGAGGAACUUUAAGAAGAAAAGAAAUGCUUGUUCCCUGCAAAUGAAACGCAAUUAAAGAAAUUUCAAAGAUAAGCCCGAAAGAGUUCAUUUUUUGACGGGAUUUGAAGUCGUACUUCCAGUUAAUAAUUGGACCCUUCUACCUAAUAAGAAGCUACAAGGCUAGUGGAGGGAAGUGAACGAAAAUUUAAGCGGGCUCUUCGAUUCUUAUCUCUGGGGAAAAAUGAUCCAAAUUAUGUGAAAAAAAUCACAUUUGAGCCAUUAAUACUAUUAGAAUGGAUAAAUAAUCCUUAUAACACAGAGGCCAGAAAGAAAGAAAGAAUAAAAGAAAGAAAGAAGAGAGGAAAGAAACAGAGUUUUACCUUUAUCUGCGACAAGCUAAGGCAAUUCAGUACCUGGCCUGAGGCCUCCACCGCAGGGUUCAACUUCAUCUCCGUCCCCUGUAAUUUCCUUUAGCCAAAAAGGGUUCAUUAUUUCUUUUUAUCAACAGAGGAUGCGAAGGAAAGUGAAAGAGAAGAUCUGUUGUCUGAAUUAAACCUUCUAAAGAGGCUGAAACCCCAUCCACAUGUAAUAAAACUUUUGGGUUGCAUCACAGAAGAAAAAGGUAAUUACAUGUAUAAUUGAUCACGUCAAACACUCAUACAGUUUAAUGUUUCUAUUUUUACACAAAUUUAAGGAUAUUUACUGAUUACCCUAUUGAUUACUCCUUCCACUCACGUAGGCAUAUAAAUAAUGCAUGAAGUAUAGUAAAUUUAAAAAUGUUUGCCCGUAAAACAAUUUUCGUUUUUUUUCUUCAAAUGUUUGUUUUGCAUUGUAAAUUAAUCAUUUUUCUAUCAGCAGUGCCAUUAUUGUGGUAAAUAUUAGUAAUUUUAGUUUUCUAAGUUAUUUAUGUAAAUAGCGUUAGUAUUAAAAUUUUCGAACUGAAAAGGAUAAAGAUUCCCAUCGGCCAAUGAUUUGCCAUUUGCCGUGCAUUGAUUUUUCGUGGGUAAUGAUGGUUUUUAGAAAAUCGCUCAGGAAAAGUGACUUUCAAACUAAAAUGACCGAGUUUUGAGUAUUUUUAAGAGCAAAAGGAUAGUGCGUCUAUUUCCUAAAAAUCUUUUGAUUUAGGAGCAAAUUGUAGAUGUAUCUUUACUCUUCAAAAAGCCAUGCGUUCAUAUAGAAGCAAGCCCUUAAAAAGUUUGAAAAAGUGAGUUUUUCCUGAUCGCCUGUUACGAUCAUAUGAUCAUUUCGUAGUCAACCAUGUAUCUCAUUUGCGCCGAACAGUUUACUCACUGUACGAUUCAACCUUGAAAGAUCAAACAUUGUCCAAACAAAAUCUUUCUUUUCAGAAAACCUUUGUCUCUGAAUAUGCUUUGCAAAUGUAUAUUUUGAAAGCAGUUUUAUCAUUCUAUAGAAACCCCAUAUGUAAUCAUUGAGUAUGUACCUUACGGAGAUCUUCUUGGUUAUCUUCGGAGAAGUCGAGGGUUGCACGACUGUUACUACGAAUAUCCCGAGAUAAAACCAACGACGAAUCUAACUUCAGAGCAGAUCAUAACGUUCGCCUGGCAGAUAGCUGACGGCAUGCAGUAUAUCUCAUCUAAAAGGGUGCGCGUUUUCAAUUGAGAAUUAUUUAUGACAACAUCCCCUUGUAUCCUCAAUUCAUAAUCUCUUUUGUUUGUUUAGUUUUGUUUUUGUUUUUGUUUUCUUUCAAUAGAUCAUCCACCGAGACCUAGCAGCAAGGAAUGUAUUGGUUGGUGAUAACCUCAGAUGCAAGAUUACAGAUUUUGGAAUGGCUCGCGAUGCUGAUAUGAAAGAUAUUUAUAUACCACGUAAUCAGGUAACUUCAUUUUUCAGUUGUUAUCCUACCCAAACUGUUUCAAUAAUGAAAGGACAUCCAUCUUGACUCAUAUUUUGAAUAUAAUGACCGUGUGAACUUAGAUAAAGAUGAAGUGAUGAGAGAUGUAAGCACACCCCGGUCUGCAGAUCAUACGUUUGCCUUUCACUCUCUUUCUCUAUAUUUAUGAUUUAUUAAAUAAUUUACUUUAUAACCGACGGAUCGAGAUGGAUGUGCUAGAGUCCUUCGAUGUCUUAGAAACUAGCGCAAUUUGAGAUUCGAUCAUUAUGAAAAAAGGAAAGGUAAAAAGAGAUGAAGAAAGGAAAGGAAGAGAGAAAAAGAAAGAAGAAGAAAAAUAGAAAAGAAAGGGAGAAGAAAACACUAAAUGGCCCAGCUAUUCCAAAAGGGGAUCACCGAAAAUUGAAUGUAUCCUCAGAAAAUGAAGGCUUCUUCUCGCAAACUUCUAUCAAUACAGGGCCGAAUUCCUGUUAAAUGGACAGCAAUUGAAGCAAUGUCUGGAAGGAUGGAGUACUCAACGAAAAGUGACGUGUAAGUUGAGAUAAACAAAACUGCAAACUUGAAACGCGUAACUCCUCUUUCAAAGAAAAAAAAAGAAAAAGUAAAAUCGAAAAAUCUGACGGCUCAAUUUAGCUAGAAUAAGGCGAGGGGAUCUUAAAUCUUAAGACAGAAAAUAUUAAACUUUUUUUUCUCUCGAAUUUGUAGGUGGAGUUUUGGAAUCGUUCUAUACGAGAUUUGCACCAUUGGUAGGUCUUGCAUAAUGCACCCACAGUGCGUUGGACAAAGGUUUAAGAAUGUAUAGAAGUUACGAAUACCGCUGAUCUUCCGUGACAGACACUGAUGAAGCUAUUUAGGAUUGUGCAUUUACUUUCAGAUUUCAGUAGGAAGUAGAGAAAAUCCUAAGAAGUUAGUAUUCUUAACAGACCAGGAAUAAGAGAUAAGUGUCUCUAAAACACAGUGCAUAUAUUCAAUCGCUAUGGCUUGCUUUCUCAAUGAUGAUAGUAUUUUUUAAUAAUGCUGUUUUCUAUCAAUUUGAGUGUUUCUCACCCAAAACAGGGACUCGUAAUUUUUUCCUCCAUCACUCGAGGAAAGUUAUCAAGUAAAGUUAAGAGACUCUUUGGUCAUUAUAUUAUUGUGAGUGUCAUCUUAAAUUCUUACACACUUCAGGCGCUGAACCUUAUCCAGGAAUAAGUCCGUAUGACAUUCCAAGAGUAUUACAAGAGGGGUAUAGAAUUCCUAAACAUGAUUAUUUUAAGGAUGAGUUGUAAGUAAUUCCUAACCCCUUUACAGUUAUUAUCAAUGUCAUAGUGGUCAAAGUUCUUUCAUAAGGUACUCUAAGUUAACCCCUGAUGCAUUGUGUCGCAAUCCAACUGAACUCUGAAAGACCCAGAGCUGAAGCUACAACUUUCGCAACCUAAAGUUAAAGAAGAAAACUUUAAAGAAACUAAACCAAAUGCAGUGCAGAAGUCGGAGUUUACCCUCGGCCUACUCUCUAGCUGUUAUGUAGUUAUUGAUCCAUUUAUAUCUGCCGUGUGAAAGGGAUAAGGUGCAGUCAGGGCGAUGCGCGGAAAGUAAAUCGACAUCCUGUUGAUUUUAAAAUUUUAUUACCAUUGGUAAUGUUGUAUUCUGUGAGUGCUAACCAUGGAAAAUACUGGAAUUCUUCAGAUAUAAUAUCAUGCUGAAUUGUUGGGAAACGGACCCUGAAAUAAGACCGCCAUUUGAGUCAUUGCGGUCUUCCAUCAGAGGAUUACUGAAGGCUAAUCAGGUUUGAAUUCUUGUGACAAAUGUUAUUCGUAUUACAGGUCCGCUUGAGUAACUAUCUUUUAAAUCAGAGCCCAGGAUUAUGAUCUUGCAAGUGAUCGACGAGUGGUAAAGUCAUUUUUCGUGUUCAGGAAUACGAGUUACGGGAUACUUGCAUACAAAACUGCAAAAUUUGGGACACACCCUUCCUGGCGACAAAUCAGUGUCGCAGUUUCUUGUGAAGUUAGUUGUUUCCUAUUGCGGGCAUGUCCUAUCAGCAGUGAAAAGGUCUUGGAAAGACGCUUUUGACGAGUUUUCCUUUCACUUCUGAUUAUAAAUUUCUUCAUUGCUCUCUUUUGCAGAAUUAUGUCAACAUACAAGACUGCCUUGAAACUCACCAAAGUAAAAUUAGUUUAUAACAGUCAAAGUGGCUCUUAGAGUAAAGAUGAGACAAUUUCCGAUUUCCUAUUGGGCCGCUGGUUUACAUAUCAUAAUACUGAAUAUUAAUUCUUAGAAAGAACUGGCAUAGAUACCGUCGUCUUUCUGCGUCUGUGAAGGACAUCCACGUGCCAGCUCGUUACCACUAGCGAGGCACCACUGGUACCAAAAGAACGUCCACGCUCAGAGAAAUAGCAUCUUGAUUAUGCCACAAAAGUUCACUUUAGUCACGGGAACCAUACCACAUCAAAUAAAAAGCACAAUGACUUGAAUGUCCCAAAUGCCAAAAGAUUUUCAUUUUUUUAACAUAGUAUGAGCUCUACUUUCUACGCUUCAAAAUGGUCAGUUCUGUCGGCAAUAUUUUAAAAAAAGCACCCAACACGAUUGAUAUUUACUAGUGAUCUCUUAAUUGUGAGUGACGUAGUUUACGUAAGAUAUUUGGUUCUGAUUUUCUUUAAAAUAAAUGGAAAACGGACUACUGACUUAUUUGAUGCCUGACUACAAUUGAGGCGGUCGUCUGAGUCCCCCCUGCGUGAGGUCUUACAGCAAUUUUUAACACGUAGUUACUGCCGUUUCUAACAUUGUGAAGUCUCUUUUAUUCGCUAGUAUGGGUGAUCGGAUGUCUGAUUCCGAGUGCAAUUUAAAUCAAGUAAUCGUGGUUUUAUAGCCACCCGAAAGAAGUGAAUAAAGAAAAAGGAUCCGUUCUGUAAAUAAUAAUUUAUUUGUUAUGAGUAAUUGUUGUAAAUAUAAGCUUCGAGAGAUUUCCAGACUUCUUAGUCAUGCUGACUUGCAUGCCAAAAAACUAUCCAGAACAUUUCAUCAAGUCACCCAUUUAUUAUGUAAUACUGCUAAAAUAGUUCUUAUGUAAGCUUCUGGAAUGUUCCAGAACACUUUGCGAAUAUAUAUAAAGACUCACUUAUGUAGCAGUAGCAGUGGUUGUUGUUGUUGUUGGAGCGACGACUGUUUUGAAAGCUAGCUCAAGCGGAAGAUAGCUCACUUCAAGGAACUUUAGAGACAGCAGUGAGAUUGUGUCAGUGGUGAGCUAGGAUAUAGACUGUAGUGGGCUUGAUUAAGUUUAUUUACGACAAGUAUUGUACUGCUUUAAGGAGUCGAUCCUUGUUAAGAACAUUACUCGCUGUUUCAUAAAGUAGUUUAGUUUUUGGGAUUGUAGUGUUUUUCUGUCGGUUAGAUUUUACCGAAAUGUA